AUAUAUUCUUUGCUCGCAGAGACAGCACGGUAAGCCCAUUCUUUUAUAUAUCAUAUCUGCGAAGGUACGUUCCUUUCAACCCGUGCUCAAACGUGGCCUUCUCUGCAACUCGAUCGGAAAGGUCUCCAAGGCUUGUACGAAAGUACGACAGCUAUCAGGAAGAGAAGUGGGAUACUGCUGUGCUUCGCCCGCUGUAUAUCAAAACGCCGCCAGGAUGAGUGCAGACCCGUCAUCUCCGGCAUUUCGCCCAACAUAUACGCGCGACCAGCUCGCCCUCUAUGUGACAUGCAUAGCGCCUCAUGCAUCAUACACCCUCGCCGACCUUGAAGCCGAAAUCAAGACCGACCCUUUGGCGGCCCUAUCAAGACUUCAGCUCCGUCAAAUGGCAUUUAACCCUUGGGGCAACGUCGCUCUACAUUACUCGUGGCAUCGCGCUCUCCCUCUGGAUCACCAAGCCUUAUUCCACAAGAUCGUUGAGCGCAAACUCGGCGGAUACUGCAUGGAGAACAACGCAUUCUUCUCCACCAUCCUACGAUCUCUGGGAUACCAGCUAUACGUGACUGGCGCGCGCAUCAGCUACUCUCUCGACGGCAACGGCUUGGAUCCAGGUGGUUUCGCAGGAUGGCAGCAUGAAGUUAUCAUCGUCACCAUUGACGGUCAAAAGUACUUGGCCGACGUGGGCUUCGGCUCGCAACCGCUCAUCGACGCCCUCCCACUCGACAAGACCUCAACAAAAGCCUACCGCUCCGUCCCGGGCGCUGAAUGUCGUCUAGUCUACCGCAACAUAGCGUCCAACACCGACCCCUCGCAGAAACUAUGGGUUUUCGAAACGCGCAACAAGACAAAACCUGGGUGGGCGGGGGGUUAUUGUUUCUCCGAGCUCGAAUGGCUUCCGAGUGAUUUCGAUAUCAUCAAUUACCGCACCAGCAACGACCCCAAGAGCUGGUUCACGCACCGGCUGGUUUUGGCCAAGAUUCUCAUCGACGACGAGACGCGUACUAAUCCGACGGGCACGCUUAUCGUCUCGGGAAAUGUGAUUGAGCGGCGCCUCGGCGAGGCAAAAAAGGAGGUCGUCGUGGAUGCGAAGUCGGAGAAUGAGAGGGUAUUGGGACUGCGGACUUGGUUUGGAAUCGUGCUGCGGCCGGAAGAGGAGAGAGGGAUUGCUGGGAUGGCGAGUGAGAUUAGGGCACCAUUUCAGGUUUCGACUACAUGAAGUGUGAGUCGGAGGAUGUUUGGAUGACAAGUGAGGUUAGAUGUAGAUCCGGAUUUGUUUACACUGUCGAUUUGUCGUGCACAAGUUUUAG